AUGGACGAGGAGAUCGCCUCGGUCGCAGAGGACCUUCGUUCGCCGCGCAAUGUCACCGCCUUUGCCCAGGCCGUCGAGACGCUCAAGUCGCGCCUGUCAACGCCGCGCUUCUGCGAGAAGCUCGGCGUGGUGCCCGACGGCGGCGAGUCGGGCUGGACGACGCUCUUCAAGGCGGUGAUCAUCGGCCUGUCGUGGAACCGCAAGUGGCGGCGGCCCAACACGGUCGACGGCCUCAAGCGGAUGGUCGACGAGGCGGACCGCGCGGGCGCUGUGCUCGACGUCGACGCCGUCGAGCGCUUCAUCAGCCGCACAGCGGACGAGCUUCUGCCGACGCCGCCGGCGGAGGAGGAUGCGGAUGGCGCGGCGACCGAUCCUGAGAUCCCGGCGCCGGCGCAGCUCGACUGGAGGCGGGCGCGGAUGCAGCAGAUCAAGCCGGUGCUGCCGCAGCUGCUCGCGGCGGUCGUCUGGCGCGAGCUCGCCUGCUCGAGGCAUGCGCUCCGCUCCGCCGAGCAAGUCGAGCUCCUCCGAGAAAUCGUCGAGCUCUGCCGCACCCUGCUCCGCCUCUCGCGGCUCGGCGGCAAGCCCCUGCCGCACGCGCUGCGCGAGGCGAUCGUCGCGCUCGCCGAGCGGGAGCUGCAGCCCUCCUCGGCCGUGCUGCUGCACGACCCUCCGGAGGCCAGCCUCGCCCUCUCUCACCCGAGAGGCGCCUUCGUCGCGAGGCUGCUGCAGGGCUCCCGCGCCGGCAGCGCCGCGAGCCGCGACAGCCACGCCGCCCUCGCCUUCCUCGAGCUCACCGCCGACAUCCUGCACAGCUACCCUCCGCCCGCGCGCACGCCAGCGCCCGCCGACGCCCCCUCCCCCUCGGGGCAGCGGCAGCGCGUUCCCUCGCCGGCGGCGAAGCGGCAGCGGCUGCCGCAGCCCGCCCACUCGACGUGGCGGCCGUGGCUGCUCCUGGCCAUGUCGCUCACGCGUGGCGCGCGGCUCGGCGCGGGUAGCGUGGAGGCGCUGGUCGGGAUGCUCCUCCCCGUGGCCACCCGCUCGUCGGCGGAGCACGAGCAGCCCGCCGCCAUCUGCGCCACAUUGGCGCUGCUCGAGCUCGCGCGCGGCCGCGUCCCGCACUGCGCGUGCUGGGGGGAGGUGUGGCAGCGGCUCUGGCUGCUCGAGUCGUCCGCCAUCGCGAGCGACGCCGCGCGGGAGGCAGGAGGCGUCGGCGGCGGCGCCGGCUUCCUCUCCUCCGCCGGGAGCGCCGCCAGCACCGCGGCGCUGCACGCAGAGUUGCGGCGCGAGCUCCUGUCGCAGCUGGUCGCGACGCGGCAGGUGCAGGCCAGCACGACCGCCCCCGCGGCGGCGGAGGUGGCCGCCGCCUUCCGCGUCGCCCUCGGAGGCGGGCGGGCGAGCCUCAGCCGCGUCGCCGGCUGGGCGUCCCAGUCGAGGCAGGCCCUCGCCCUCGGCCUGUGGAGCCGCCACCCGUCCGUGCUGGAGCGCGCGCCGGGCGGAGGGCCCGCCUUCGCCGUCGCGACGGAGCUCGUCCCGCCCCGCAUCGGCUCGCCCCUCCUCUCGCCCUGCUCGCUCUCGCUCACCCCGUCCGGUGUGCUCGCCGCCGCCGCGAGCCCUUCCAAGCAGUACCACACUCGCCUCUGGUUCGCGCUGCGGGCGCGGCUGCUCCUCGCCGCCGGCGCUGAGGCGGAGGCGCAGCUGGAGGAGCUCGAUGCGCUGGAGCCAAGCGGACAGAUCGGCCGCGGCGGCGCCGCUGUUGGUCGCCUCUCUGCCGGCGCACUGGCGGCGCUGGACGGCGUGUGUGGCCUGCUGCCCGCCUUCCUGUCGCAGGAGCCCCCGAACCUGCUCAACCACAUGCAGAGGCUCUGCAUGGCGGCGUUUGCUGAGACCGUCGCGCUAGUCCCGCUCCUUGUGAGGCUGCUCCUCGCGUGCGCGGGCGGGGAGGAGCGGCUCUUGCUCCGCUCCGUGGUCGCCCCGCGGGUGGUGGUCGAGGUCGAGGCGAACGCCAUGCGCAAGAUGGGGAGCGUCGAGGUGCGACAGGGCGCCGCCGACCCGCUGGGCGAGGACGACUUCCUCGACGGGAGCGCCGAGGAGAUUGGCGAGCAGGAGCGGGUCUGCUCGAGCUGGCUCGAGGCGCUGCGCCUCCUCUGCGCCGCGGAGGCCGCCGAGGGCGGCGUGCUCGAGCCCGCGCUGCUCGGAAGCUUCCGGGCCGACCAGCAGCGCUGCUCCGUCACCUCGCUGCUGCACAAGCCGGGCCUGGAGGCCAAGGUGCCGCGGCUGUGCCUCGCGCUGAUCGAGCUGCCGCACCCGUCGCUGCUGCCGCGGCAGAUGCAGCUGCUCGAGGAGGUCGGCUGCUUGCCCGCGGGCGGCGGCGAGGGGCUGCUUCGCGCAAGCCUUGAGACGGCGGCCCGGCUGAUGCGGCGCGCGCGCUCCCUCCGCUCGCCCAGCCGUGGUGAGCCGGAGAUGCAGCUGCUCUCGGGCUGCGGGCAAGUGCUCUCGCGGACGCUCGGCCUGCUGAGCGAGUCGUCCCUCGCCGAGGUCACGCCCGCCAUCCACGCGUCCGUCGAGUGGGCGCUGCUCGCCUCUCAGGCCGAGCGGCUGCACCGGGACGCGUGGCGCGAGGAGGCGGACGCAGGCCACUUCCAAGACAUCCGGCCGCGCAUCUGGAGGGCGCUGCCGGUGAUGCUCCAGCGCAGCCGCCGGCUCUGCUUUGGCGACCUCCUCCGGCUGCAGACUUGCCUGCUCCCCGUGCUCGCGUCGAUCGACCUCGCCGAGACGCUUCCGAUUCCGCACGAGACGGUCCAGCAGCCGCUCGAGCUGCACAUCGCGUCGCUGCGGACCGCGUGCGCCGCGCUGGUGAGCUGCUCCGCGCCGCGGCAGCGCAGCAUCCUGCUCCAGCUCUGCCAGCAGUCGGGCCUCCUCCGUGCGAGGGAGCACUCGCUGCUCCCCGUGCUGCGAUCGGGCUGCCGGCCAGCCGGCGGGCUGCACUCGCUCCUCAAGCUGCACCUGGCGUGGCUGGUGGAGAAGUGGCUCGACGGGGCGCGCUGCCUCCUCGACUUCCCCGCCCACUGGCUCGACCCGCCCGGCGCGGAUCCCGAGCCGGCCGCCGUCCCGAGCGAGAGCGGCGACCUGCAGCGGAAGCGGCUGCGCAAGAUGUUGCACGACCACCGCUUCCUCCUGGUGCCGACGCUGCUCGCCGUGGCCGCCAGCGGCCCAGCCUCGCGCGACGGCGGCGGCGGGUUUGCGAGGCAGCAGCUCGAGCGCGCGGGCCGCCUGCUGCAGCGCAAGGAGAGCGAGAUGCUUCGCGACAGCAUCCCCCAUCUCAUCGGGCGCUGGCUGCCGGCCAAGUUCGGCGCGCCGCAGCAGCCGCCCGCGCAGCGCUGGGCGGCGAUCGUCAAGCUCAUCGAGAGCUUGCGCGACGACGGCGAGGAGGUGCCGCUGAGGGUGCGGAUCGAGAAGAGCCUCGACCACAUCCUGCAGUGCAUGCUCGCGCUCGAGUCGGUGACGUGGGUGAUUCCCGGGUCGGGCGAGCUGGUGGUGGGGACGCUCGUCAAGUCGCUCGCCUUCCUCGCCGACCAGCUGCUCACCUGCUCGAGCGAGGUUGUGCCUGCGCUGCUCAAGGGGCAGGGCAAGACGGUGCUGCGGCCGGUGCUGCAGAGCGUGCUGCAGGCAGAGCUGGGGCAGCUCGGCGAGGUGUACAAGAGCUACCGCGACGCCGCCGCGCAGCUCAAGGACUUCCAACGCGAGCACUGCACCGCGCUCAUCUCGGCCCUCCUCCCGCGCGCGGCCGCCUCCCCCACCGCCUUUUCGCUGCUCGACUACGCCGUGCGCGCGCUUCCAAAGACGGCGCUCUCGAUGCUGCCGCCGCUGCCCAAGGAUGCGCCCUUCGAGCGCCUCGCCGCCGUGUGCGAGCAGGCGCGGGCACAGGCCUCCUUGGCCGACACGCUGGUCACAUUCGCCCAGCUGUCGGAGCGCGAGGUUGCCGGGGCGAGUCUCCUCGCGCGGCUGCGCCUCCUCCUCUCGAGGCUGCAGACGGACGCGGCGGCCAACGCUGCCCGCCGCCUGCUGCUGCUGUCCAAGUCUGCCGGCGACACCGACUGCCGGUGGCUCAUCGCGCAGUGCUUGGGCGUCCUGUUGCACCACGGCCUCCCGCAGCGGGCGAUGCGCGCCAGCACCGCCGCGGCCACCCGCAGCGGUGACGAGCUGCGCCCCGACCUCGCGCAGAUCCUGCCCAAGGUGCUGAUGCUGCUGCACGGCUACCUCACCGACGCGGACGAGGCCUCCGCCAUCCUCGCGGCGGCUCUUCCCCCCUUUCCUGUCUCCGCCAUCCUCGCGGCGGACGCGCUGCGCGAGUCGCUCAAGAAGCAGACCGAGGAGCUCAAGGAGGCGCGCAAGGAGCUGUCCAAGAAGGCCCUCUUCGCCGUCGUCGAGAUGGACGCCUACUCAAAGCCGCUGCCGGGCAUCGGCUCGGACGCGAUGCACUUUGCCCCGGCCAGGGUGGUUGCGAUCGAGGCGAUGGCGAGCUGCAACCCGGUGGCGCAGCGCCCCGCGGCUCAGCGCGGCGAGAUCGCCAUGCUGCAGGAGCUGCACGCGACCCUGCCGGAGCUCUGGAGCGCGCGCGGCAAGUCGGUCGACGCUUGGGUCUGCGUGCUGGCCGAGAGCCUGCUGCGGCACGCACGGCAGCGGCUGCUCGUCAAGAGCCGGCUGCUCGCGUCGCGCAAGCCGGCCCUCGCGCGGCUGUGCCUGCUGCCGGCGCUGCUCGACCUGCUCGAGAACCCGCACGACGACGGCAAGUUCGCCGCCACCCUCGCGCAGGCCGCCUCGGUUGGCUGCGACGACGCGCUCCGGACGGAGGGCGCUCCCCCGCCGCAGGAGAAGCAGGCGACGGAGCUGCAGCUGCAGUUGCUGCUGCAGAUCCGGGCGCACAGCACGCCGCUGCGCGCGAGCGACGGCUGGCGCUUCCCGAAGCUGUGGAACGCCGCUUCGUGCGAGCAGUCGUCCGAGCUGCAGCCCGAGAUGGUGCUGCAGCGGGCCGCGGGCGCGAACCUACUCCUCGACAUCCUCUCGCAGCUGCCCACGCCCGACGCCACCCUCGGCAUGUCGAGCGUCGCGAUCGAGGGCCUGCCCGGGGUUGGCCAGCAGCAGCUGCUGCAGGAGGACGGCCUGGGCAGCCUCGACCGGCUGAGCCUGCUCGACACGCUCCACCAGGUGCAGCUCGCCAACCGGGGCCUGCCGGGCACGAGCCAGCAGGACGACGAGGCGCUCGUCCUCAAGAUGGCCGUCACGCUCCGCAACAUGGGCUGCGACCACCUCAGCGCGUCCUGCCUGGCGCAGGCGGCGCACGAGAGCGCCGCCGUGCGCGAGGCGCGGGCCGAGGCGGCGUGGCGGCUGGGCCAGUGGGACCAGGGCGACGGCCGGCCGGUCGAGGCGCACGACGCGAUGGAGGAGUGCGCGCAGGGCCUGGUGGCGUCGCUCGGGCAGCUGGGGGACGAGGGCGGGAAGCGGCUCGACGAGCUGUGCGUCGCGUUGCGCCAGUGCAUGCAGAUCUGCCAGCCGGUGCUCGCGCUGCGCGCGUCCCUCCUGCGCAUGUGGGCCGACCCGACGAGCGCCUCGGGCAGCCUCCCCCUCGCCGCUGCGCUGCUGCACUCGGCCACGCUCGCCCGCGGAGUGGGCAGGCUGCCGAUGGCGGCCGCUCGGCUGACCGAGCUGGCCGCGCUCCCGCUCAGCGACGCGACGCGGCGGCUGUGCGAGUGGGAGCAAACGCAGCUGCUGUGGCACGCAGCCCCGCACGGAGAGGCGCGCGGCGAGCUCGCGGGCCGGCCACGCGCCGUCGACGCGGCGGCAGCCCUGCUGCGCGAGGUUGGCGCGAGCCGCGCCGAUGGGAGCAGCGCUCGGCUCGAGCCCGCCGAUGCGACGCUCGAGCAGCGCGUGUGCACCACGCUGGCGGCGUGGCGGGCGGCCGAGGGCAGCUCCAGCGCGCGGGCCGAGCGGGCCAUUGUCGACUUGCACGAGCGCGCCGCCGCGUCGUGCGAGGGCCUGCUCGGCGACGCCGGCGAUGCGCGCGGCGCGGCGCACCACGCGCACGCAACCUACCUCGAGGCGCUCUACCGCGGCUGCGAGGCGGCGAAGAGCUCGCAGCGCGAGAGGCAGCUGCAGGAGCUCCACUUGGCGGCGCGCGAGGAGCUCGCCAGCCUCUCUGCGCUGCCCGACGGCCUCGACGACGGCGCGGCGCGCCAGCGCGCUGCGGAGCUCACAGAGUGCGUCGGCGAGCACGAGCGGCGCGCCGAGGCGCGCGAUGCGCGCCUCGAGGAGCUCGCGCGCCGCUCCUUUGUGCAGCACGCCGAGAGCGCGCGCCACAGCGACGAGCACAACCACGCCGCCACGUUUGCGAUGCUCACCCUCUGGUUUGCCCACCCGCGCACGCUGCCCGACGCGGGCGAGCGGCUCUGCGCGCUGCCGACCCGCAAGCUGCUCUCUCUCGUGCCGCAGCUCGCUUGCCGCCUCGGGCGGCAGGCGGCGGCAGGCGGCUCCGCCGACGGGGACGACAGCGCGCGCCAGCUCCAGAAGGGCCUGCGCAGGGUGCUGCUGCACGUCGGCGCGGCGCACAUCCGCGCGGUGCUGCCGCACAUACUGGCGCUCGCCCUCGGCGACCACUACGCGCCGGGCGAGCGGGCGGUCGUGGCCGACCAGUCGCAGCUCAAGGCGUCGCGCGAGGUGGUGCAGGAGCUCAGGCAGGGGCUGGUCGCGUCGGGCAAGUCGGACGUGGUCGACGCGACGCAGCGGCUCUUCUUCCUCUACCUCCAGAUUGCGUGGGUGGACGUGCAGACCACCAAGGGCCUCCUCUCGGGCACAAAGACGCCGCCGCUCGACAAGCUCGUCGGUGUCGACCUCAAGCUCAAGUCGAACGCGGACCUCAAGCCGGGCAGGCUGCUCUACGAGGCGCUGCAGCUCAAGGGCAGCCCCUCGCGCGCGCCGGUGCUCACCCGCCCCGCCGACGCGUGGCACGAGGACGACGAGGCGAUGGUGACGUGCUACGGCUCCGACGGCCGGGUGUACACGCAGCUCGUCAAGGGGCGCGACGACGGGCGGCAGGACGCCGCGCUGCAGGAGGUCUUCAGCCUGGUCAACACGCUGCUCCACCAGGACCCGCAGACGAGGCAGCGCUCGCUCAAACUGCGCACGUACCGCAUCGUGCCGCUCGCGCCCACCGCCGCGCUCCUCCAGUGGGUGGACAACUCGAUGCCGCUCAUGACGUACCUCUGCGGCUCCCGCGGCGCGCACGAGCGCUACCGGCCACGAGACCUCAAGUUCGCCGAGGCGCGCCGGCUGAUGGAGGCGGCGUACGCGCGCGAGAAGGAGCGCAAGGCGGGCAAGAGCCGCCUCGAGGUGUACGAAGAGGUGGCGGAGCGGCUGCGGCCGGUGAUGCACCACUUCUUCCUCGAGCGCUGGACGCAGCCGUCGGCGUGGUUCGAGCGGCGGCUCGCGUACGCCCGCUCGCUCGCCGCCUCGUCGAUGGCGGGCUUCAUCGUCGGCCUGGGCGACCGGCACUCGUCCAACAUCCUCGUCGACAAGGAGACGGCCGAGCUGGUCCACAUCGACCUCGGCAUCGCCUUUGACCAGGGCACGCUGCUCAAGACGCCCGAGUGCGUCCCCUUUCGCCUCACCCGCGACCUCGUCGACGCACUCGGCGUGUGCGGCGUGGAGGGGCCGAUGCGCGGCGCCGCGGAGCAGACGAUGCGCGUGCUGCGCUCCAACGGCGAGGCGCUGCUCGCCAUCCUGCAGCUGAUCGUGCACAACCCGAUGCACCGCUGGGCGCAGGACGAGGAGCGGAUGCAGGGCGCGCAGCGGGAGCGGGCGGGACCCGCCGAGCCGCUCAGCCGCAACCAAGAGGCGGAGCGGGCGCUGGCGCGCGUGCAGCUGAAGCUCGAGGGGCGCGAGAAGGGGAGGCAGGAGCGGCUCGGCGUCGAGGGGCAGGUGCGGCAGCUAAUUGACCAGGCGCGCGACCCGGCUAACCUGAGCCAGAUGUUUGAGGGGUGGGCGCCGUGGCUGUGA